AUGCUCAAGCACGUUGCUCACUUGUUAGGCUUGGCGGAGAAAAAUGAGAAAGAUCCCAGAAAAAAGAACCAACUGAGAGGAACUAAGGCAUCCCCAGACUACAGCUUCCAAAAAUCGAAUAAUAUUUUUGUGAGGAUAGUUCAUGCAGGUGGAAAACAAGAGCUGUAUCAACAUGCAAUCCUUGCAUCCAAGUUGAUGGAAAAAUAUCCGGGCAUGUGUGUUGCCCGGCCAGAAGUCUUCAAAAAGCCUCACCAGUCAGUGUUAUGGCCGGAAGAGCGUUUGCUUCCUGGUCAAAAAUAUAUUAUAAUCUCGUUUCGAGAUGUGGGGAAGCUGAAACGUAAACUUUCAGAAGAAGGCAAACCCAGAGAGCCCAAUGGGGUGGUUUCAGAGAUAUUGAAAGUAAAUAUCACCAAGUCUCCUAAUGGACAUAUUAGAGAAAAUGGUAAAUCCGAAGUUCCCAAUGAGGCAGGACCAGAGAAGUUCGAGGCUAAUACUCCCCCGUCGCCUGGUGGACGCAAAAUAAAAGAGAACGGCAAAAUCAAAGAGGUGUUGGACGCAAACGCAAAACAGUCUCUUGAUGGAGGAAAUGAAAAUGAAUCUCUUCGUUCUGCAGAGGACUUACAGGGGUCCUUGGAUAAGCCUACAAUAAGAUAUCCAAAACGAAAAGGAAUAAAAGGGAAGAAGCCUUUUGUGCCACCUCUUCCGCAGGUAAGACCAUAUCGGAUUCCGGGAUGGCAGCCUAGCCUCCCAACUGUGCCAGAGCUCUCCCCAUGAUUUUUUUAUGGUUUUACCUGUACGACUUGGUAUUAUGAUAUAGUUCUAUCUUUACAAGACUAGAGUCACUAAUUUCUUUUGCUUGGUUCUAAACAAUUGCUUUUACAUCCUAUAACAAUGUAGAAACAUAAAACUUCUUCUAAUCUUCUAGAUGUAUGGAUCUUUGUUAGAUUCGAAAGAUAAUAUCCGCAUUACUUCUCGAUUUAA